AGCCCAGUAAAUCCUGCGUCCUCCUUCUCCCCAGGGUCACCUGUCCCUCUUUCUGCUGCUUUUUAGUGUUUUGUUCACUUGCUCUGUGUUGUUUUGUUACCAUUGUGUGUGUGUGUGUGUGCAGUGGUGUGCAUGUGGAGGUCAGAGACCAACUCGCAGGGGUCAGUUUUCUCUGUUCACUGUAGGUUCUGGGCAUAGAACUCAGCUCGCCGGGCUGUGUGGCAAGAGCCCAUGAGCCAUAUUGCUGGCCCAUGUUUUCUUGAGACAGAGCCUUGCUGAGUUGCCCAGGCUGACCUUGAACUUGUGUUCCUCCUGCCCCCACCCCUCUCAGCUGAGAUAGCAGGGGUGCAGGGCCACCCUGGGCUACCCUCUUCUGUUUUUUGAUUUGUUUUGGUUUGGUUUGGGUUUGGUUUAUUUCCGACUUCUCUUGGCCCAGGAUUUCUGUCAUUUCACCCCUCCCUGAUCCCACCAAACGGCAAAGAAGUACUGUGUCCUGCCAAGGCCCUAGUGCCCAGUGUCCCAGGGCUCACAGGGAGCCUCGGGUCACUCCUCCAAAAGCUGUAGUGUAUCUUCAGAGAAGAUACUGCAGCAGGCCAAAGCAUGGUCGGUCAUGGCACACGCUACUAGCCCAGUGACCCUGGAACCCAGGCCACCAGCUGUGGCUGUUCUCCCUGUCCGUCCAGGGCCUCCAGUCCUGGGCAGGGUUUCAGCAAAGGUGCCCACCUGUGUGUGACACCAGGCGUUCACUCCCAUGGGUCAGAAUGACCGUGGCUGCGAGAAUCAGGUAGACCCGAGUGGAACCUCUCUAAUCCUCUGCUUAUGAAGAAUGUUCCCUCUUGUAGCAUUCCCAAAGUGAGCCCCCUCACAGUGAACCCACUAAGCGCUCAGUCAUCACUGAACAUGAUGACAGGCCCCAGGCAUGCCUGGGGACCAAAGAGCACACACUCACGGACUGACAAAAGCCCAAUGUGACUGAGGAGAUGGAUACCUACUGUCCACCAUCCCACGCCUGCAUGCUGCCUUCUCAACCCCAGGGGCUUUCCCUCCCUACCACGCUACAGCCAAGACCAAAGCUACAGAAAGAACUGUGUCUGCCUGGGGUAGCAAUGGACAGAUGGACCCUGCCACUAAGCUUUAAGGAUAUCUCAAGACUCCAGCCCGGGAGCCUCCAGUAUAAACUGUUGUGUGGCUGUGCCACGAAAGGAUUGACAGGUCUAGGAGAGGUGCUUCCUAGCACGGGGGCCCAGUGAUUGUUUUUCUGCUUUUGACUAAGAAUCUAUGAGGAGGUCCACUUGGCUAGGCCUCCAUCUUCUCAUUAGGCCAAAGUCCCAAAGUGACAGGCUGUGAUUUCUGGGGCUCUUGAUAAUUGUAAUUAAUUUACCACAUUAUUUAUUUCCAUUUGGGAGAAGGAAAGGUCUUGCUGGAACCCAAACUUGUACCCAAGUGAUCUGAAAGGCUAAGCCCAGGCCAGACACAGGCUCCCUGUCCAGAAGAGGAAAGUGGCCCUUUAAAACUCAGCCUCACACUGUCAGGCUGUUGCUAUGUAUGGAACCAAUUUCCUUAGCAACCACCUGGCUUCUUAAAGAGGACUUGAAACAGCCAUCAGCCAUGGCUCCCAAAAAGAAGCCGAACAAAGGUGGCAAAGAGUCUGAGGUCAAGAAGAAGAAAGGGGGCAAAAAGGAUUCCAGUGCGGUUGCCAAGUCUACAGACCCCACCGUGGUGGAGGAGCUGAAGGAGUUCUACCACAAACAGAUCCAAGACCUGGAGGACCGGCUGGCCCGGUAUCAGCGGAAGUGGGAUGAGCUGGCUGUGCAAGAGAAGCUCUUCCGCCAGGAGUUCGAGCAGCUGGCCAACAACAAGAAAGAGAUUGUGGCCUUCCUCAAGCGCACCCUCAACCAGAGGGUGGAUGAGAUCACGGAGCUCAACGACCAGCUGCAGAGCCUUCAGCUGGCAAAGGAGAUGGAGAAGGACGCCUUCGAGGCACAGCUGGCCCAGGUGCGCCAUGAAUUCCAGGAGACCAAGGACCAGCUCACCACAGAGAACAUUGCCCUCGGGGUAAAGCUGGCUGCCCUGGAAGAAUUUCGGCUGCAGAAAGAGGAGCUCACAGACAAGUACUUGAUGCUAGAGGAGCAGCUGAAAAAGCAGGAGAGUGAAUACAAGGACUACGUGUACAACCUGGAGAAGAAGUCUGUGCUGGACAAGGACAGGCUAAGGAAAGAGAUCAUCCAGCGUGUGAACCUAGUGGCCACUGAGUUCCGCAAGGUGGCCACUAACCAGAUGUGGGAGACGACCAGGCGGGCCAUCCUGGAGAACAACAACGUGACUCUGCAGCUGUCCUGGGUGUCGCAGCAAGGGGUGCAGCUGCUGCAGGAGAACGAGCAGCUCAAGGGCGCGCAUGAUGAACUGCACCAGCAGGUGGAGCUCCUGGAGAACACCCAAGAGAUCAUGGCCAGAAACAACAGAGGCCAUAAGAAGGUCAUCCUCAUGCUGACAGAGAAGUGCCGCCAGCAGAGGCAGGUCACAGAAGAGGCAGAGCAGCUUCGCCUCCUGCUGGCCGAACUGGAGCAGAACUUCCAGAAGCUGCAGAAGGACGACCAGACCCUGAGGAGUGAGAAAGACCAGCUCGACCAGCAACUGAGGGAACAGCAGGCAGAGGUGAAUCAGCUCCGAAAGAAGCUGGCUGAGGAACAGAAGGUUCGGGCCAGGCUGGAAACAGUCCUGGCCCAGGCCACCUCCCUCCUACAGGAAAUUGUGCAGAUGCGAACAGAUGCAGAGGAUGGGGACUUUGACGUAGUAUUCCAACUGCAGCGCAAGGAACUGCUGCAGCAGUUGCUGGCUCUGCUCAUCUCGGCUGUGGCUUCAAAACCGCAGCUGGCUAUGCGCUGCCACCAGGAAAACCAGCCCCAGGGCCCAACCAAAGAGAGCACCCAGAUGAUAUCCAGGACCUCGGCUGCUUCACUGAGGCAGCAGCUCUCAACCAUCACAACCUACAAGCCUGGGGAUCUCGGGCUGGUGCCUCGCCAGGUCCACAUCCCACCCAACCCCCAGGACCUCAGGGCUCUCUCAUAUGUCACCCGAAUGGGGAUCUGCCAGUUACAGAACACUAAUGAGAUCUCCCCAUCUGGCGCUCUCAAAAGAUUCAGAAAGUUCAGCCUUCCUAAACCUUUCCUACACCGUAAGUAG